AUGGAGAUGGAGCUCAACCUUGUCUCCUACGUGUCCAUCGCCCUCUUCGUCCUCUCGGCCGCGUACGUCUACCGCACGACGCGGAGCCGGUCGCCGAGGCAGCGGCUCCCGCCGGCGCCGCCCGGGUGGCCCGUGAUCGGCCACCUCCACCUGCUGACGGACAUGCCCCACCACGCGCUGGCGGAGCUGGCCAAGACCAUGCGCGCCCCGCUGCUCCGGCUCCGGCUCGGCAGCGUCCCGGCCGUGGUGAUCUCCAAGCCCGACCUGGCCCGCGCCGCGCUCACCUCCAACGACGCCGCCAUGGCGUCCCGCCCCCACCUCCUCUCCGGCCAGUUCCUCUCGUUCGGGUGCUCCGACGUGACCUUCGCACCGGCCGGGCCGUACCACCGCAUGGCGCGGCGGGUGGUCGUCUCCGAGCUCCUCUCGGCGCGCCGCGUCGCCACCUACGGCAGCGUCCGGGGCAAGGAGCUGCGCCGCCUGCUCGCGCACCUCACCAAGAACACCGCGCCGGGGACGCCCGUUGACCUCAGCGAGUGCUUCCUCAACCUCGCCAACGACGUGCUCUGCCGCGUGGCCUUCGGCCGCCGCUUCCCGCACGGCAAGGACGACAAGCUCGCCGCGGUGCUCGCCGAGGCCCAGGACCUCUUCGCCGGGUUCACCAUCGGGGACUUCUUCCCUGAGCUCGAGCCCUUCGCGAGCACCGUCACGGGCCUCCGCCGCCGGCUGAAGAGCUGCCUCGCGGACCUCCGCGAGGUCUGCGACGACAUCGUCGAGGAGCACGUGAGCGGCAAGCACCAGCGCCUCCCCGGCGACCGCGACGAGGACUUCGUCGACGUGCUCCUCCGCGUCCAGAAGUCGCCCGACCUCGAGGUCCCGCUCACCGACGACAACCUCAAAGCCCUCGUCCUGGACAUGUUCGUCGCCGGCACGGACACGACGUUUGCGACGCUGGAGUGGGUGAUGACGGAGCUGGUGCGCCACCCGCGCAUCCUGCAAAAGGCGCAGGAGGAGGUCCGGCGGGUGGUGGGCGGCAAGGGCCGGGUGGAGGAGUCGGACCUGGCGGAGCUCCACUACAUGCGCGCCAUCAUCAAGGAGACGUUCCGGCUGCACCCGGCAGUGCCGCUGCUGGUGCCGCGGGAGACCGUGGCCGCGUGCACGCUGGGCGGCUACGACAUCCCGGCCAAGACCCGCGUCUUCAUCAACACCUUCGCCAUGGGCCGGGACCCGGAGAUCUGGGAGGACCCGCUGGAGUACUCGCCGGAGCGGUUCGAGGUGGCCGGCGCCGGCGGCGAGAUCGACCUCAAGGACCCGGACUACAAGCUGCUGCCGUUCGGCGGCGGGCGGAGGGGGUGCCCCGGGUACACGUUCGCGCUGGCCACCGUGCAGGUCUCGCUGGCCAGCCUGCUGUACCACUUCGAGUGGGCGCUGCCCGCCGGCGUGCGCGCCGAGGACGUGAGCGUGGAGGAGACCUUCGGGCUGGCCACCAGGAAGAAGGAGCCGCUCUUCGUCGCCGUCAGCAAGAGCGACGUGUACCAGUUCAACGGGGAGGAACUCAACGAGUUGGUUAGGUGA